GCAGCAGCAGCCCGGUGCCUCCUGGAUCCAUGAAGAAAUUCCUCCUGCACGGCACCUUCCCCGCCACGAUGGGCCGCAAGCCUUUCACUGCGUUGACGUGUUGAUAUUGAGAUAUUUCAGUUAUCAAAUAUGAAUCAUGCAUUUGAUAUUUCUGGCCACUUUGCUCGUCAGCACCCUUUCGCCCUGGCUUCAUCCAUCACUAGCGUCAUUCGUUUCUCCAGGAGUAGAGGACAAGGUUGAGAGGGAUGCAGUGGCAGCACUGCUGAAGCAACAGGCAACUGCAGCACCUGCUACAGACAACACAACACACCAUGCAGUAGAGCAUGAGAUCACCUACCCCUCGCGGUUGAUCUACUACCUAAACGAGGACUCAGAGAGUACCUACCAUGACCUGGACACCCGGGCCAAGAACCAAGCCACAGAGGGCCAGGCAAUCCACCUCGCCCAGGCCAGUUUCCAGUUGGAGGCAUUUGGCUCCAGAUUUGUCCUGGAUCUAAUGUUGAACAAUGACUUGCUGUCUUCAGAUUAUGUUGAGAUCCAUUAUGAAGGGGGCAAGCCUGUUCUAUCUAAGGGCGGUGAGCACUGUUACUACCACGGCCAGGUGAGAGGGAAUGAUAACUCCCACGUGGCCUUAUCUACCUGCAACGGGCUGCACGGGAUGUUUGACGAUGGAGUCUAUGUGUAUCUAAUUGAGCCCUUAGAACAGACUCAUUCAAUCGAUACAGCUGCAAGGCCUCAUAAACUAAGACGAGCAGCCUCCCUUCACUGGAACAAUGAUUCAGAGGAACAGGUGGAGGAAGAGCAGCUCUUCUCAGAGCUGGAUGACUUGUCCUGGCUGAAGCGCAGGAAAAAGCGAGCUAUUCCUCGCAGUGUAUUUGAGGAGAUGAAAUAUUUAGAGAUCAUGAUUGUCAGUGACCACAAUAUGUAUAAACGACAUAAGACCAAGCAGCACACGAGGAACUUUGCCAAGUCAGUGGUGAAUCUUGUGGAUGCUAUCUUCAAAGAGCAGCUACACACGCGCGUGGUGCUCGUUGCCGUGGAGGUCUGGACAGACAAGGAUCAGAUCCCCAUCAGUGUGAGGCCGCUGGAAAUUCUGCGCGAUUUCUCCAAGUACCGGCAGCAGAGCAUCAAGCACCAUGCCGAUGCUGUGCACCUCUUCUCAAAUGUGACCUUCCACUACCGCAGAAGCAAUGCAGCGUACUUCGGGGGCGCAUGUUCUUUGAGCCGCGGUGUAGGGGUCAAUGAGUACGGCACCACCGGGUCCAUGGCAGUGUCUCUAUCCCAGAGCCUGGCACAGAAUCUGGGCAUCCAGUGGGACCCAGCAUCCAGGAGAAAAGAAUGUGGUUGUGCUGACUCGUGGACUGGUUGCAUAAUGGAGGAUACUGGUGUCCAACACCCACGGAGAUUCUCCAAAUGCAGCAUCUCAGAUUAUAAGGAGUUCCUCUUGAAAGGUGGAGGCUCUUGUCUGUUCAACAGGCCAACCAAGCUGUUCGAGACAACAGAAUGUGGGAAUGGAUUUGUGGAAGUGGGAGAAGAGUGUGACUGCGGAGGGAGAUCAGAGUGCUACAAGGAAUGCUGCAAGAAGUGUUCCCUCGCCAAUGGGGCACACUGCAGCGACGGCCCAUGCUGCAAUAACACAUGUCUGUUCCUUCCACGAGGUUGCACUUGCCGCUUCGCUGUGAACGACUGUGAUAUCUCAGAAACGUGCUCUGGGGACUCUGGACAGUGCCCUCCCAACCUUCAUAAACAAGAUGGUUACCUCUGCCAGGUUAACCAGGGUCGCUGCUACAGUGGAGAGUGCAAGACCAGAGAGAACCAGUGUAAAUACAUCUGGGGGUCAAAGGCUGGAGGCUCGGAGAAGUUCUGCUAUGAGAAGCUGAACACGGAGGGCACAGAGAAGGGCAACUGUGGAAAAGAUGGAGAGAAAUGGAUCCAGUGUAGCAAACAUGAUGUGUUCUGUGGUUACCUUUUGUGUACCAACAUUGGCUCCAGCCCCCGCAUUGGAAUAAUGAAAGGAGAGUCUACUACCACAUACUUCAACUACAAAAACGGGAAGAUAGAUUGCAGUGGUGGCCACGUUCUUUUGGAUGAUGACACCGAUUUAGGCUACGUGGAGGAUGGGACUCCCUGUGGGCCGUCAAUGAUGUGCCUUGACCGCAAGUGUCUGCCCAUCCAGUCACUCAACAUGAGCACCUGCCCCACUGGACCUAAUGGACAGGUGUGCUCUGCCCAUGGGGUGUGCAACAAUGAAGCCACAUGCACCUGUGACACCACCUGGGCAGGGACAGACUGUAGCAUGCCUGACCCGCCUAAAGAGCCUGAGGCCACUCCGGACGAAGGACCCAAGGGUCCUAGUGCCACCAAUCUAAUAAUAGGCUCCAUCGCCGGAGCCAUCCUUGUGGCUGCCAUAGUGCUGGGGGGGACUGGAUGGGGCUUUAAAAAUGUGAAGAAACGGCGGUACGACCCCAACGCCACAGCCAUUUAACCCACGGAGAGAUGGCAAUCACUGAUGGACUCCUCAAAGACUUCCUUAGUUGGCUACCUGACAGCUGGACUGCACUUAUUGCUGCUGAUCUUUGGCAUUAGAUUUACUUGAAAAAGACAUAGUGGACAUUUUAACAAAUUCCAUCGUAGUGACAUAAGAAAUGCAGCCUCUUCAACUUCACCUCACUCAUGUAACAACCCCAAACCCCCACCCUCCCCUGCCCACCCUGGUCUCUAGAGUGACAGAGCUCCUCUUCCAUCCUUUAGUGCCAGUGCACAGGCGUUUAGGCGGAAUCCACACCACUCUCUCACCUGGCAUGAUUAUCCGCACAAAGCGUGCUGCU